AUGACUCUAAUCAAUAUACCUUCCAGAUACUACUGCUGGUGGAGUAGUAGUAGUGGUACUUGUGGUACUGCUACUACUUGUAGUUGUACUGCUGGUGGUGGUAGUAGUAGUAGUGCUACUUGUGGUAGUGGUAGUGGUAGUGCUACUGCUCGUAGUAGUACUGCUAGUCGUAGUGCUAUUCGUGGUACUGGUUGUAGUAGUAGUGCUACUAGUGGUGGUGGUAGUACUACUUGUUGUACUACUACUGCUUGUAGUCUUACUCGUGGUAGUAGUUGUAGUGCUAGUUGUGGUACUACUGGUGCUGCUCGUAGUAGUAGUGGUGGUGGUAGUCGGUAUUGCUGA